AUGAACUCUACUAAUGAAACUGAUCUUCUUGUCCAACCAGCGGUUUCAAGCCAAUCACAAAGGAUUGUAGUAACAAUGGUCAUUUUUUUGAUCUCAUUAACUGGACUGAUUGGCAAUUUAUCUGUCUUCAUGUUUGCCACCACUUUGAAAACUUUACAAAACUCUUUUGGUCGUUUGUCAGCUUCUCAAUCCUUUGCUGAAGUCAUUUUGUGUGCAGUGUUCAUGUGCUUUUACUGUCCCAUGGUCUUGUUGGAUAUUCCUUCGUUCAAGCUCGCUUCUGCCCAUGCCGGCCUAAUCCUUCUUUUCUGUUACGACGUCUGCAUUUUUUCCCACUUGUUUAUUGCUGUCAACCGUCUGUGUGCUAUUUCGUUCCCAAUUGAGUAUAGCAACAUUUUUAACGAGAGAAACACGAGGGUUCUAAUUGGUCUCGCCUACGCCAUCCCAUGCUUCACAUCCAUCUACAUGCACCUAGCCAACAAUUGCCUUCUCCCAUACGUGGAUUUCGGAUGGUACUUUGGUGUCAACACAUCAGCGGAUUGUGACGUCAUCCGAUUUUAUAUUGACUUUUGCAAAGAUUUCGGGGUCGUUGCAUUGAUUGCUAUCGUUGAUGUUAUGACUAUUAUAAUGAUCAAAGUUACGGCUCCUGGAAUGCGUCUCAUGUCUGCCAAUUGUGUUCAAAGUCAGAAGAAGCGUGAACGAGAAAUCACCUUUGUUAAGCAAUGCAUCAUUCAAGGAGCCGUAUUCGCCACAGAGCUUGUGUUCUUUUUCAUAAUCUCAGGCAUGCAAACCCAGCCUGUAAUGAUUUUCUUGUGUACAACUGUUUCUUGGAGCCUUGUACACACCAUCGACCCGUUGAUCUUGAUUUUGUUAAACCGAGAAUUCCGAAAUAUGUUGAUGAAGAAUCCGAUUGGGCGAGCGAGGACCACCCGAGUUACUUACUCCACUCAACCAAUCGAUCAAGUCAGCAGUACUCACACAUGA